AUGGUAAAAGUAUUAAAUGAAGAGCAAUUUCACAACCAGAUUGUUUGCAAAUAUGUCGAUGUUAUUGGAGAAAAACUUGGAGGAAAAGUUUUAAAGUUUUCUGACGAGUGGUUCGCAGCAGCAGACAAUUUGAUUAAGCCUAAAGAAGCCAUCAGAGAUGCGACGAGGUUCACUCACGCUGGAGCCUGGUAUGACGGUUGGGAAACUAGAAGACAUAACACUGCAGAAGCAGACUGGGUGGUAUUUAGAAUGGGUGUUGCAUCUGCAAAAUUGAUUGGAUGUAUGGUGGACACCGCCUUCUUUAAUGGUAACCAUGCUCCUUUUAUAUCCGUCGAAGCUGCUUACUUGGCGUCUGAUGACGAAGCUUUCAACCUUGAUGAUUCUCAAUGGGAAUCUGUAAUUUCAAAAGUUGAAUGUGGUCCAUCGCAAAAACAUUACUUCACCAGAGAUACUAUAACUGAAAAGAGUUAUACUCACGUUAGAUUGAGAAUGUAUCCUGACGGUGGUAUAGCAAGAUUUAGGUUAUAUGGAUCCGUCAUUCCUAUUUUACCAAAGGAUCCAUCAACUGUCCUCGACUUGGCAUCUGUCAAAAAUGGCGGUGUUGCAAUCAAGUAUUCUGAUCAGCACUUUGGAUCUGCGGAUAAUCUUUUAUUACCAGGCAGAGGACAUGAUAUGUCUGAUGGUUGGGAAACUAAGAGAUCAAGAGGGCCUGGCCACAUAGAUUGGGUUGUUAUCAGAUUAGGUGCAUUGACCAAGAUCAAAGAAGUCGUCAUCGACACAGCUCAUUUCAGAGGAAAUUUCCCUCAAAAAGUUAAUAUCAAGGCUGUGAAAGUGGAAGAUGAGUCUGAGAUUCCAGACGCUAAAAGCGAAAAAUGGACUGUCCUCGUGGGUGAUUCAAAGACGGGACCCGAUAAAGAACAUGACUUCAAAAUUGAAAACGAUCAAUCAUUUUCGCAUGUCUUGGUGACAAUUAUCCCCGAUGGUGGUGUCAAAAGAGUUAGAGUUUUCGGUAAUAUUGUAGCUAAAUAG